AGAAGAACUUGUCGUGACUUUGGACCAGGAGAAGACCCACGACUCGAUGGACAAAAUAACACAUACCAGUAAAUGUGAGCAGGGCAGCAAUGGAAGCGCCUCUGAGCAAGGCAGGGCCACGAUCGUCUUUUCUCUGAAAAACCAAAUAGGUGGUCUGGCUAACGCGCUCAAGGUGUUCCAGGAAAAACACGUCAACCUGGUUCACAUCGAGUCCCGGAAGUCCAGACAAAAUAAUUCUGAAUUGGAGAUCUUUGUGGAUUGUGACUGCGACCGCCGGCAGCUCAAAAUGCUGACUCAGCUGCUCCGGAAGCAAACAGACAUCGUUGAAGUUUUUCCAGCACGGGUCAUUCAGGUGUUGGUCAUUCCAGAUGUGCCAGGUGUUCCCUGGUUCCCGAAGAAGAUCUCCGAUUUGGAUUUCUGCAACCAGGUUCUGAUGUACGGAUCAGAGUUGGACGCCGAUCACCCGGGAUUCCAAGAUGGCGUUUACCGCCACAGGAGGAAAUACUUUGCAGAUCUGGCUUCCAACUACAAGCACGGAGACCCGAUCCCUCGCGUGGAGUUCACGGCGAGUGAGGUGCAGACGUGGACUCAGGUGUACCGGGAACUCAACAAGCUGUAUCCCACCCACGCCUGUCGGGAAUACUUGAAGAACAUCCCCCUGCUGGUGGAGCGGUGUCACUACAGGGAGGACAACAUCCCCCAGCUGGAGGAUGUUUCACGCUUCCUCAAAGAGCGCACAGGCUUCUCCAUCCGGCCCGUAGCAGGCUACUUGUCGCCCAGGGACUUCCUAGCAGGUCUGGCCUUUAGAGUCUUCUACUGCACUCAGUACAUCCGCCACGCCUCAGACCCCUUCUACACGCCUGAACCGGACACCUGUCACGAGCUGCUGGGUCACGUCCCCCUGCUGGCCGAGCCCAGCUACGCUCAGUUCUCUCAGGAACUCGGACUGGCGUCGCUCGGCGCCUCCGACGACGCCGUGAAGAAACUGGCCACGUGUUACUUCUUCACCGUGGAGUUUGGACUCUGCAAGCAGGACGGCAGACUGCGGGUCUACGGAGCUGGACUGCUCUCGUCCAUCAGCGAGCUCAAGCACGCAUUGACGGACAAGGCUCGCGUCCUUCCGUUCGACCCCGCCGUGACCUGCAGUCAGGAGUGCAUCAUCACGACGUUCCAGGACGUCUACUUUGCUUCGGAGAGUUUUGAGGAAGCCAAGAACAAGAUGCGGGAGUUCGCCAAAACCAUCCGUCGCCCCUUCGCCAUCCACUACGACCCGUACACUCAGAGCGUGGAGGUCCUGAAAGACGUGGGGAGCGUCAGCAACAUGGUUAAGGACAUAAGACAUGAGCUUGACACCGUGGAGGACGCCCUGGACCGGCUCGACAAGUGCCCCAGACUCAGAGGCGAGAGCAAAGACGUUGGAGGACGGAUCGGUGCGUGAUGUGACGACCGGUCUGUCCACCAUUUGUUGGAAGUACGGUGGAACAUCUGAAGUCCAACACCCCUGAAGUAGCACAGUUACUUAUAUUUGCCUACACAUUGGUCAUAGUUUUUACAGUGUAGUUCCACUGGUAUUUAUUUAAUUCUGUCGACUGAGAUGCCAGGUUUUUACCGUAACAUUUUCACAGUGUAAUACUUUCAUCCAUUAUCUUUUAUGGUUUUGAUGAGAAAGACUUAAAAUAAUUGUGUUAUUCGUAAAAAUGUCAGGUUCAAAUACUGAUGACAUCUAUUGAAUAAGACAAGAAGCAAGGAAUUAAACAGAGACAGAAUUAAAUGUGACUCAAUUGAGGAGAGACGUCUGGACUGUACACUUUGUACAGUCUCACCACGCUCCUGACGAAAGAUUGUACGCCUCCUCUUUUAUUUGGACUUUCCCUGAUUACAUGGCAACAGCUGUUUCUAAGGGACGGGGGUCAUAAACAGCCAUCGCCUUUGGUUACAGAACAGUUCAACAGAGGUGUGGACUCGAGUCACAUGACUUGGACUCGAGUCAGACUCGAGUCAUGAAUUUGAUGACUUUAGACUCGACUUGACAAAAUGUAAAGAGACUUGCAACUCGACUUAGACUUUAACAUCAAUGACUUGUGACUUCACUUGGACUUGAGCCUUUUGACUUGACAUGACUUGCUACUUUCCCCAAAACCCAAAUCUUAAAAAGUUAUUUGGGAGCGCUCCGUAUCUUUCAUUUUGUACGUGUCUGUCUGUCUAUCAGCGUGUGUGCUGCCUGUCAGCUGGUGCGCUGUCAGUACAACAGCCAAUCAAAUUAGCUAUACGUUGUUUUCAUCACACAGCAUUCAUCCAAUCAAAUUGCAGGACAACCACCGAACAAGAGUUGUCAAACAAUGCGGCAGAGAGAAACAAUUAUGCCAAAGUUGGUUUCGUUCGGGUAUAAAAACUACGACUUGGUCAACAAAAAACGAAUUGCGUAUGCAAAUCACGCAGUUCGAAUAUUACAGACGGAGACGCAACAACUUCCAACUUCCAACUUCGUUCGACAUUUGAAGUUGCCCAAAGAAGGGUAAGUUUUGAAUGUAAGAUAACGUUUAUUGGCUAAGUAACAUGACUUUUAUUUGCUGUGUAGUUAAAUCAGUGAGGCUGUAAACUCACUGCUAACGUUAUAACCAUAGACAUGUUUUAAGGGUACGCAGCAUUGAGCGCUACUGCCUACUGGCGCAGACGAGACGCGGGGCCGCCAUCUUGGAGUGGUGAUCCGCUCCACUCAGUGCAAUUCAUUUGUCAGGAGCAAUGAACUGUCAGCGCAUUUAAUUCAUUUUACCUCACUGAAUACCACUGAUUUUCACGCGGUUUUUUGUCAUACGUGUAGCUAUGAUAACGGACACAUGUUUUGGCAAGUUUUAUUAUUCAUAGUUUGCUUAACAGUAAUAUAAUAUUCUUAUACGCUAUAAGUGACCAGACGUCCGAGAUCAAAACUGGGAAUAUAAUCCCAGAGAAAGGGGAAAAAACGGUAAACUAUUUUUAAAUUGAAGAAACAAUAUGAUUAGGUUAUAUAUACAUGCGUAUAUCCUACAUAAACAAUGUAUGAAUACAUUAGAUAUAUAUAUACAGUAUAUCUUAGGGACCUAUAGACUGUAUCUCUGUUGCUGCAGCAGCAGAGAGUUUAUUCUGUCUUGACACUUUGUAUUGAUAUUUUGUAUUACAUUCUUCCCUUAAAUGAUCAUGUUUACAGUGAUUGUUAUGUAUGUAUUUUUUAUGUAUGUCGCU